AUUGCUACAUUUUUGUAUACCAUUCAGUUUUCAUAGAUUAGAUCAGAGUUUACUUUUUUCGAGAAUAAUAAUAAUUUAGAAGAAGCGAUAUGUUUCUAAGGAGUCCCAUAAGAAUGUAUUUGAAUUGCGUUUAAAAUGUAAGCAGGGUGUUUCAUUAGUAGCAGUGGUAGUGGUAGUAAAUACGUACGACAUGUACUAUUUUCCCGACGAGGUCGAAGGCUUGAUGAAGGAUCAGUGGAUUCUCGAUCUCGACGAGUGUGAGGUUUGUUUGUCACUCAUUAUGAAAUAUGUGAACUGAGCGAAACGAUUUUGCAUUUGGGUACUCUCAGUCUCAUGCGGGCUCAUGAGAAGAGAAAACUAUCGGUUUGGUUUCGCUCGCUCGGUUAUCAAAAUAAUUGUUACAUCAUUACACAAAGCAGAGGCAGACUAUCGAUACAGUGUGAUUCUGUUCUGACAUCGGAAUUUCUGAUACAUUCCAUAUCCAUAUUUACUUUGGGAAGAAUUGUUUUUGAACCAGUUGAGCAAUGAGCACGCAACUCAGUAGCGAAAUAAUAAACGCCACCAAGUACAUAGAUAAAUAUAAUAUGUGAUGUGUUACAGCAUUCACUAGCACACUCUCCUAAUCUUCGCUUCAUCAUUGUGUAAUGCAAUACUACAUACUUGAAUGCAUUAUUACAUCCCCUAUAGUGACGAGAAAUUAUUGUUUAUAAUGUUAUAGCAUGUUUGUAUUACAAGCAUUGAAAGAGCGAUGCCGUGUGUAAGUACGAAGUAGCCAGUGAACUCGAAGCUGAAAACAAAAAAGCCCAACAUAUUGUGUUACAGAUAACAGAGCGACUUCGUCGGUUGAUGUUAACUCCGCAAGUGAGAUACGAGUAUGAUUUCUGUUGAAUUGUGUAUUUUUUCCCCAUGUGCUAUGAAUUAAUGAGAAAACGACGAAUCAAAUUAGUAUUACAAAUCAACAAUGUUAUCAAGCAAGCUCAGUUUACUGCUUCAUGUAUCAUUUCUCUGUAUUUAUGAAACGAGAGGCGUAAGCUGAUGAAAAAUGGCACCAAAGGCAGUAAACGAUCGUCUUAUUUUCUACGAUAAUCCGGCAACGCUACAGAUAACCGCAACAAUCGCCCUAGCAGCCCAAACAUGGCGCCAUGAGAUCACAUCCAAUCGCACAAAUUUUGAUUCUUUGCUGAAAUCAUACCCUCGAGUCGAACGUCUCUUCGAAAUACCGCCCAGUGUUGGCAAGUUGGUGAAUAAUUGCAUCGAUCGUAUGAAACCCCACAUACAGACGUGGGUCGAGCUACACCACUCGCGUAUAUUUUUUACGAAUGGAAAAAAAUACGACGUUUUGGUAAAUUAUUUCGACUCGUUCGUCUGGUGUCCCGAUUGUUCUAUCGAUGAAGAACAAACGGCCAAGAAUCUGAUCGCGUUGCCUGAGUUGGAUGAAUGUUCCAAAUAUAAAAUAGCCGCGUUGUAUUGUUUCGUAGAGGAUGUUCGUAGAUUGUGGCCGAACGCAAUAAUCGAACCUCAUCUUGUUCAUGCUGUCCACAAAGCGAAUCCUUUGAUAGUCUAUUGGGAUUAUCAUAUGCAAUGUAGAGAUAAUUCUGUACGAACUUUGAAAGACGGAUCGAUCGAAGGUAAAAUGAUUGUACUGGAAGAGUUGGAUAAUUCGUCCGCCUUGAUACAUUGUUGGUCUCGUUUGAAACCCGAAGAUCUAAUUGAUAAAGCAGUUUGCAUCGUUGAAAAGUACAAACCGAAAUGCGUCAGAAGUUUGAUGCGUUUGCUGACCAAACCUCAGUUUAAGAAGCUGAUCAAAAGGUGCUCCGAAAACCUGAUUGUAGAAAUAUUAGACACGCCCGAAAGUGUAGAAUUCGCUUUGCAGACGUGGGAUUACAUGAAGAAUCUCAUGACUGGUGAUAGUUUCGCUAAGAUGAUCGACAAAAUACUCGACUCGAGAUUAGAUCAUAAUCAAGAACAGAUAAUGUCCAUGAUGGAUUGCGCCAAUCGUGGCGAUGCUUCGUCGGAGUUCGAAGAAGGCUGCAUCGUCAACUUGAGCUUAGCUUCUUUGCUAAACCGUAUUUGGCAAAGCACUCCAGAACAGCUGAAGAAUUAUGUGUUGAAUAAUCACGUGGAUACGUUGUUGAACAAGUUGUGUACCGUGGAUCAGAAUCAAUUGGCGAACUGCUCGCGCGAUGUGAAAUUACUCCUAGAGUUAUUCUCGAAAAGAACCGUUCACCAGAAUAAUAUCUUUUGGCGAAAACGUUGGCGCGAUGUUAUUCAAGCGGUUAGUUCAGCUCGUUUGACCGAACUCAUGAAAAUGUGUUUUCGAAGUGAUAAAGAGAUAGCGAAUUUCAAAAGAUCUCAUAUGGCUGUGUUUUCGAAUAUAGGAGACUAUUGCGAUACGUUGAUUUCAGAUGGGCUUUUCAACGAAUUGAACGAAUUUUUACGUUUUUGUUCGCCUGAUCGAACCGUUCGAGCUCACUUGAAGCGUUCGAUGUUAUUUGGUACAAUCGGUGCGAUUAGAUAUUGUACUCGUUACGCCGAUAAUCGAGGAAAAAUGCGAGCUUUCGACGAUUUCAUCUCGGAGAUUUCCCCGUCCACCGAGCAGCGCGAUGAUUUAAAACGUCAAAUGGUUAUAGCUUCUGGUAAUUUCAAUAUUUUAUUGGGCUUGCUGACGUGCGGAUUUUUACGCCCGGUGAUGAAAUUCGUCCUCCUGUUUCUUACUCGUCAAAAAGAAACUAAAAUGGUCAAGAAGGAUUUCAAGCGACAUUGUCAAUCAAUUUUAAACCGAGGAAAAUUUUUGACGUACGAUAUGCAAGAAUUGAAUGAAUUUUUGUGCUGGUGCGUGGAUGACAAUCAACAGCUAUUGGAGGAGAUGAAGAAAUCCGUGCCUAUUGAUGAAGUUUUCCAAAAAAAGUUCGAAGAAAGUGUCCGCGAUGUCAAACGCUGUUUAUCCAAAAAUGAUUUGUCGUGUUCGAGUGAGGACGACGACGAACUCUGGUUCGAUUCAUCCGAUUCUGAUUCAAGCUCUGAGUUUAAAUUGCCCACUUGCGGCGAAUUCCAUAAUGACGAAAGCAGCGAUGACCAUUACCAAGAUCGAUUCAAGAAACUGGAUGAAAUUUUAUCGUGGUAUUUCGUUAGCGACGCGAAAGUCAAGCAGUUUAAAUUGAUGAAAGUUAAUAAUCGUAGAAUUCGUUUCAUCGAUAAGGUAUUGAAGUCUGACAAUGAACGUUUGGCUGAAGUUGUGCUACGUUGGUUUUUUGACGGAAAUGUUGAAGACAUCGAGGCUUUCAAAAUGGCCCGGAAGAGAUGAAUUUACUGUUUAUUGUGUCAACGGUAUUUUUUUUCCUUUUUUGAUUUUUUUUUUUAGUCACGAUUCGAUUUUUUAUUCAUUUUUUUUAUUUGUAUAAGCAUUCUUACUUAAUCUCUAGUAUCGAAUCUGGUCGUGUUUUCUAUGAUAAUUCUAAAUGAGAUGAUUUGGUAUCUCGUUAUUAUAUAGUAUUAUAAA